AUGGCUACUAGUAAUAAUGGAACAUAUGGUGGUUACAGCUACAAUUUUGUGACUUGUGAUCCUCCUGAUGAGUAUCUAUGCCAUAUCUGUACACUGGUAGCACGGGAUCCUCAACAAGUUACCUGCUGCUCCAAUAUAUACUGUAAGAGCUGUCUGGAUACACUAAAAGAGAAGGGCCAAGGGUUUAUCUGCCCAACUUGUCGUAGCUCACUAGAAGGAAAGUACUUUAAAGAUGGAAGAGUAGAAAGGGGAAUAAAGUCACUUAAGGUUUAUUGCACUAACACUGAUAGUGGGUGCCAAUGGAAGGGGACUAUUAAGGAUAUUGAUACUCAUCUUCAUAGUUGUCCUUAUCAACUGGUACCUUGUACUAAUGAGUGUGGAGCAAUGAUUAGGAGAAGUUCACUGAAGACACAUCUAACAGACAACUGUACUCAACGCAUUGUUAACUGUCAGUAUUGCAAGCAAAGAGGCACAUACCAACUGAUAACAAGCAGCAGCCAUUUUGAUGAGUGUCCUGACCUCCCAAUCCAAUGCAGUAAUGAAGGUUGCAAUGAAAAGAUAUUGAGACAUUCACUAGCAUCACAUAAUGAGACCUGCCCUAAAGCUAUUGUACCAUGUGAAUACAAUACUGUUGGAUGUAAUAAAAAAAUGAAGAGAGAAGAACAAGAGAAGCACAAUGAAGAAUCAAUGAAACACCAUCUUGAUAUAGCAAUGAAGAAGAUUGAUGCUCUACAGGUCACAGUGCUACUUCCAAGAAAACAUGUCUUGAAGUUAAAUCAAUAUACACAGUUGAAAGAAGAAGAAGAGGAUUGGUGUAGCCCAGGUCCUGGUAAGGAGAGAGUGACAAGAGGAGAAGUCAGCAAGCACGGAUGGGGCUACUCCAAGUUCAUAGUACAUGCAGCACUGAGGCAUAAUCCUUCACAAGUCUUUCAGUAUCGUAAAGAUGAUAGUCUGUACUUCAAGGUGACAUCUAAGGCAAAGCCAUGGCUAGCACUGUGA